GACUAAUAUAAUAAUAUUAUUAUCCUUAGCGAGAAAAUUAAAACGGAAUUACGUACAGUUGACCACCAAACCCGAGCCAAUGGCCCUCACACGCGUGUCACGUACGACCACCCAAUUUCGAACCGAAAACCAACCAGAAACUUGAAAACUUCCACAUCGAGAAAAAGCAGAAACGAACAAGGUUUGGAAAAGUUACGCGAAGCAGGAGAAGAGAAAGAACCGCUGCUCUCUCUCAAGACUCUCUCGCGGCUGCCCCGGCUCCCCUCUGGUUGUUCGACGUGCGAAAGCUGAAGGGUUCUUUUACUUUUGCGCCAUAGUAGACGAGCAUGUUCACUGCAAACUGCUGAACCGGAAUUCCCUGCUGACGCGCGGCGCUCUCUCCCGGCGGCCUCGUUCAGAGUUAGGAGGAGAAGCAGUGGUCCUGUUUGAUUUCCCCUCCCUCCUUGAUACAGAAGGUAAAUACCGAUUCCUUUCUCUCCAUCUGAAUUGUGAAAGCUCUCGGCCUUUUCUGUUUUUGUGUGUGUGUGGAAUUGUGCUUUUGAGGGGUUUUCAUUUCGGUUUUUGGCGAUCAAUGGGUCUCGGGUAUCCUGGAUUUUUUAACUACUGAAUCAGCCGUAUCUGGGCAUUAAUUGAAGCAGUUUUUGAUGCGAAAUUCUCGAAUUCCUACCCGUGUAAAUGUGUAGCCGUAGUGAGUUAGGGUUUCUCUUCUGGGGACUUUGUUUGAUGUUUACUCAAGUUGUAGCUAGGGUUUCCUCUGCUUUGCCUAUGGUCCUUGGUGUGCCCUUUCCUGGGUUUUGGUAUGUUCUUACGGACUAUGUUGUCUGCGGCUCCAAUUCAUGUUCAGACUUCACUAUUUUCUCAAUUUUGAUUGAGAAUUUGGGAUUCCUUCCAUGCUUUGAUUGUAUCCGGGCCAUCAGUUUCUGCAUUAAAACUAGAAACGAUGCUUAAUUUGUUAAUCAAUAUCCGAUUUUUGGUUUUUAUGAGAACAUGGCAUUUUCGAUCAGUUUACUUAAGCUGAACUUUGAAUUUGCAGAGCUUUUUUUUAUGUCUUAUCCCACAAAAAAUUUUAGUUUCACUCUUGUCCAUUGUGGACAGAAGUUGUCUGAUCACAUUCGCUUCCCUCUUCCAUUAGUUCGAAAGGGUGCUGCAUGUUUUAACUGUUUACUAGUAUGUGAUACAUUGAUAUUCUUACCAUGAGAUGGGGUAAUUGUGAUGCCGCGUCUGCUGCAUGGUGACAUGGUCUAUGGGUGGCCUUCCUUUGACAGUAUAAUUCUUUUCCCAUCCAGCGAAUCACAUUCCUAAACCCCACCAGGCUAAAUUUUCUUGUUUCUACAUAUUAGCAUUUAUUUUCCCUUUUAUAUGGAAUGCUCAUUUUAUUAGAAUAUUAAGUUUGGAAAAGCCAUCUUCAGGCUAAUGUUGUCUUUCGUCGUUCACGGUUUUCAUUGGUAGGAGUGACUACCCUGUGAUCCUUAAUAGAAUUGAGCCUUUGAUAUUUUCUUUUUGUUGUGGGUUUAGUUUGUGUCAACAAAGCAUAUGGUGAUACUUGUACUGAAGAUCAGGCAUUCUGUGAUUGUGACUUUUAUGUGGUAAUGUAAUCAGUCUUAUAUUUUAGGGAUGCUGCGAUUCUUUGGCUAGGUCUUAGCUUGGAGCUGUUCUUAAGCAAUACAUUUUUAUUCUUUUUUCAGGUGCUUACUGACUAGUCGUAAGAGUUUGAUGAAUGUCUUGAUGAACGAAAGAGCAAUCCUUUAUAAAAGGAUUUUUAGUGACUGGCGGUAUGGUAUGUGAAACACUAUGACGCUUGAAGAUUUCUUUACCCUAACUGAGAUGAAAGAUGGGCUGACAGUCCCUUCUCGAGUACGUGAGCUGAUUGCUGUAAUGCAGAAGGAGAAAGAUCUUGUUGUUAAGAACAUUGGUGAUGCAACUAGGCAGUGGACGGCAGUUGGCAGCACAAUUGCUGCUACAGAGAAUAGGGAUUGUCUUGAUCUUUUUAUUCAACUAGAUGGACUCAGGUUUGUUGAUAGAUGGUUAAAGGAGGCCCAGAAUCAAAAUCGCAGUACAAGUGUUGGGUUUAUAGUAGAAUCAAUAACUGCACUGCUAAGGGCAAUAGAGAAGCUGCAAAUAGACAAAGCCCGGUCUCUUUCUUCAGGGGUCUGGGCGACUAUCAAUAGUCUUCUUGACCACCCUAGCUCAUGCGUUCAAGAUAGAGCAAGAGCACUUUUUGAUUCUUGGAAGCAGGAUAAGGAUAGUCGUGAAACUAAGCAUGAUAGCCAGAAUUCUUGGGGAUUAGAUGCAGCCAUUGUGAUUCAUGGUGAUGGCAACGUCACUAAGAAAGACAUUCCUGUUGAAGGAAGUGAUGAGACCAAAAGAUGUGCAGCAGAGCCUUCCAGUGAUGAAGCUACACAAUCAAGAAUUGUGAAGUACUCUGAAGUUGAUAGGGAUCAUCAAAACCAGGGAAUGCCUUGUAGCAAGCCUGUAGUAACAGAUGCAGCAGUCUCAGAUCAUGGAAACCAGGGUGACAUAUCCGUGACUGAUUCUGUUAUAUCAAAUUGCAAUCAAGAUGGCACUUCCUUCAAAGAGAAGACCUCUGUAGGAAAUUUAGAAGGAGCUGCUUCCACUGAGACUCGUACCUCCUUAGUUCAAAGUGGACUAGGUACCCACCCUGAGUCAGAUGCCCUAAAUAAUCCUAGCAACUUAUGUGAUGCAUCCUCAAUUGCUUCAGCCUCUACUAAGUUGGAAUCUGUAAUGAACUCGACAACUGAUGAUGCGAACAUCCAAGAGAUGAAUACAGAUCCCAGUUUGCAACAAAAGUUUGAGGAGGCUACUGAGGGCAGUAAGUCUCAUAGUGCUUCUGCGUCUGAUGAUGAUAGAACAGCUGUACCAGCCCUGAAAGGUGUGGCAGAUGGUGGACAUACUACCAAUGACAUUGAUCCACUGACUAAUACAGCGAUUUCUGAAGAUGAUCAAAAUGGAUCAAGGAAAUCUGCAGUCUUGAGGACUACAUCAAAUGCGGAAGAAGACAUUGGGCCCGAUGAGGAUGAAAAUGUGCAGAGUAGUGAUGAUGAUGAGGAACUAGGAGAUGACUAUGAUUUCUCUACUAGAUCAACGUUGGAUACCCAGAGUUCUUUUUCAACCAAUAGAAGAAAGUCCAAUAUUGAUGUCGAGUAUGGGAUAGUUGAUGCGUUAGAAGUUGCACGACUAGUUGCUCAGGAAGUUGAGAGGGAAGUGGUUGACGAUAGAGAACCAUCAGGCACUUCUUCUUCAGAAAAGAUAAGGGGAAGUCCUCAUAAUGAGCAGCCUGGUAGCCCAGAUUCAGUAAGUGGGAAAGAAGACCGAGCUGAAGCUGAAGACCUGCCAUCUUCACAGAAAGCAUCUCCUGAUUCUAACGAGAUAAAUAAAGUAGAGAAUGACAUAAAUGAGAAGAUGGAGUCAUCUCAGGUGACUGAAGCAGCUCGAGAGCCAAAAGUUGUGGAGAAAGGAUUCUGUGGGUUCGAUCUUAAUGAAGAAUUCUCUUCAGAUGAUGCAGCAGAUCAUCCUGCAGACCUGGUCUCUGCUCCCAUCUCUAUUGUUUCUAUAUCAAGGCCAGCAGCAGCAGCAGCAGCUUCAGCUUCACCUGCUGCCCCAUUGCACUUUGAAGGAUCACUUGGAUGGAAGGGAUCUGCUGCCACCAGUGCUUUUCGUCCAGCCUCACCUCGGAAGGUUGAUAACAACAUUGAAACUGGAGCAGCAAGCAGUAGUAAUUCAAAACAGAGGCAGGGGUGGCUCGACAUUGAUCUCAAUAUCAGUGAGAGUGCAGAUGAGAAUGCAGUGGACUUGAUGCUGGGGGGAAGGCAAAUUUCAACAUCUUUGUCAUUCCAACGUGGGGAAGAGUCUUCUUUUAACAUUGCGGACCCGGGUAAAUCAGAAAGGCCCACCCUUGAUUUAAAUUGCUUGAGCGAUGACGGCGAGACGAAUCCACAGUUGAAUGUAAGGAAGGAGGAAGGGCUGUUUUUUCUCCGGAAUGGCCAUCACCGCAGUCCAUCUCCUGCUUCUUCAUCUUCAUUGCGGCCUUCAUCCAGGAACUUUGAUUUGAAUGAUAGACCUCUUUUCCAAAAUUAUUCUCUUGAUCAGGGAUUAUAUAACGGCAAGUCUUCUCAUGGUUUGAGUAUUAAUAAUGGAGGAGUAUCCAGACAAGGUGGAGAUCCGGUUAUCUCUAUCAUGGGAGCUAAAGUGGAAGUAGGUAGUCGAGCAGAAGUUGGCAGAAGGGAUUUCUUUUUGCCUCAGACUCCAUCCAUGUCCAUGCCAAACGGGAAGACAUUGUUGGAGCCUGCAAUGGAUACAUCCAGUGUUGCGAGAUUAGGAUUUAUGGGUAUGGUACCAACAGGAGCAGGAUCAUCGUAUGCAUCUACUCCUCCCGUCUUUGGUUACAAUCCUAUGUCUCUCUCUCCGGCAGCGAUGUAUGUACCACCGGGAGGUACAAUCCCAUACUUGGUGGAUUCAAGAGGGGCCCCCAUGGUACCUCAUAUUAUGGGAUCUGGAUCAGCUGUUCUUCCUCCAUAUUCUCAGCAGCCGUUCCUCAUGAACAUGACUGGCGGUGGACCCCUCAGUUUAAAUGGUGCUGGACCAUCGUCUCGAGCAAGCCUCGAUCUCAACUUGGGGUUUCCAACCGACGGAGGGAGCAGCAGCAGUGGUGGGUUGAGGCAGUUUUUCGCGACUGGUGGUCCAACCAGCAGCAGGACUUUUGAGGAGCAUUUGAGGUCCAACCCACAGCAUUCUUCCUCAAGUUCUGGAAUGGCCAUGGGCAAACGCAAGGAACCAGAUGGUGGUUGGGAACCCUACUCCCUGCACUAUAAACAGCCUCAACCUCCGUGGAGAUAAAUCUAUUUAUUGUCUUCUCCCAGAUGAAUCAGUCGUCAUAACUGAAUAAGAAAUAAGAACCAGAGGUUGUUUGAAGAGUGCAGUAGCGUGAUUUGAUUCAUGGGAUGCUGAAAAGAGGGACGAAGAUGAAAAGAUAACCAAGUGUCAGGGUUCUUGUUUUAUUUUAGUUUUGGGGUUUCGAUUGCUUUUUCUUCAUUAACUUUCUUAUCAGUGUUUUGCCAUACAAGGGGCAAGCAGGGUGGUGGUGCAAUCACAGAAGAAAUGGGUACACGUAGUUGUAAUCUCUCUCUCUUUUCUCUUUACAUAGCUCACAGAUUUUAUAGGGAUGAACUGCUCUGUCUUUUGCCUAUUCUCUGGCAUUUUCUCAUAUAAAGAGCUCCUGCUAGUUACCAUAGCAACGUUCUCUCUUCUUCCUUUCCCACCAGCUUGGUUCCAUUUUUGUAUUUGUCAGUAGAAACUAAUCAAGAAAGCAACUGUAAUCGUUGCCGCGUUCCUUAUCAAUUCCAACUGCUAAUUUUUCUUCGAUUCUGUAUGUUCAGACAGUGUACAGAAAGCUCUUAAUCCAAGUACAGAACCCUAGAGUGUUAAUACCUUAUUUUGGUCCGAACUAUACACAAACUUUUUAUCUUGGCUUGUGGUUUCUGAAAUUGCUCUCAUGACCCGAACUAUGCACAAUGCCUAUGUUUGGUCCGGCUUUUAGAAGUGCUUUUCGACUUCAAAAGCUGGAGCAAGGCCAAACACAUCUAAACGCUUAGCUUUUGAAAAGUUGAAAAAUGUUUUUGUAUAACAUAAAAGCAGAAGCUCCGAUUUGGGGUUUCUGCGAAAAACUGUUUUGAAAAUACAAGAUUAACCUUACCAUAUUUUAAUUUUAUUUCAGAAAAUAUAAUUUUAUUUCAUUUAUAUAAUUUUAAAAAUAAAAUAAAUUAUAAAAUCAUAUUAUUUAAUAUAAAAGAAAUCUAGCAAGAUCCAUUUUUACUACUUUUUAUUGUUUAGAAAUCUUAUUCAUAGUUUAUAUUAUAAGUCCGUUAUAGUCAUUUUACACAACCUCUCAUAUUUAAAAGCACUUCUAAUAGAUUUCAGCCAAACACUCAACUACCUUUGUAUUGGAAAUAAUUUUUAGGUACCAAAUGUAAAAUAUAAAAAUAUAUGUAUUAUGAUACAAUUUGCCAACAAUCCAUGAAUCCACCAAUCCAAUUGAAUUUGGAUCAAAAUGGAUUGAAUCGUAUAGCGUAUUAACACCCUAUGUGUUAGCACUAUGCUAACAAUAAUUAAUAAAGGUAUUAUGGUAAC